GCUGGGCCGAGGAGGAGCCGCAGGAUCCCGCAUCUUCCGCUUUGCUGACCCUGUGGGCGGCUGCAGCCUGGAGGGAAGGGUGCUGGUUGCAGGGAGAUGCUGACUCCUCCUCCCGCCUUUUCUCCAUCCUUAGCCCAGGCGGGAGCAGGCUUGGGCAGGCGGUGCGGUGGAAUCGGAGCCUGGAUCGGAGAAACGGGGUCCCGGAGGAAUCGCGAGGAGCUAAAUCAUGGCUUUUCGAAAGGCAAUGAAAGGAACUAUCCUUAUAGGAGGAGGUGCUGUAGCAACUGUGUUUGCCCUCUCACAACUUUCUCAAUAUAGAAAAAAGCAUGGUCAUCUUGUAUCUGUGGAAGCUUCAGAAUGUAGACUUUCACCAAUACUGCGCUCCCUUCCAACUAGAGAGAAUCAUCUCCAGGCUUUGAGAGAAACCGAUGAAUUUGAUGUUCUUAUCAUAGGUGGAGGUGCCACAGGAAGUGGUUGUGCCUUAGAUGCUGUUACAAGAGGCCUCAGCACAGCCCUUGUAGAAAGGGAUGAUUUCGCAUCAGGGACUAGCAGCAGAAGUACUAAACUGAUCCAUGGUGGAGUGAGAUACCUACAGAAGGCCAUCAUGAACUUGGAUUUUGAGCAGUAUAGAAUGGUGAAAGAAGCCCUCCAUGAACGUGCCAACUUGCUUGAAAUUGCACCUCAUUUAUCUGCUCCUCUACCUAUAAUGCUUCCAGUAUACAAGUGGUGGCAACUGCCCUAUUACUGGGUGGGAAUUAAACUGUAUGACCUUGUAGCAGGAAGCCACUGUCUGAAAAGCAGCUAUGUGCUUAGCAAAUCAAGAGCCUUGGAGCUCUUUCCUAUGUUGCAGAAGGACAAACUCGUGGGUGCCAUAGUCUACUAUGAUGGACAACACAAUGAUGCACGAAUGAACCUUGCCAUCGCCCUCACCGCUGCCAGGUAUGGGGCUGCCACAGCCAAUUACACUGAAGUGGUGCGCUUGCUGAAGAAGAUGGAUCCAGAGAGCGGGAAGAGCCAGGUUUGUGGAGCAAGGUGCAGGGACGUUCUAACAGGGCAGGAAUUUGAUGUCAAAGCCAAAUGUGUUAUCAAUGCUACAGGACCUUUCACAGAUUCUGUGCGGAAAAUGGAUGAGCAGGAAGUACCAAACAUCUGUCAGCCAAGUGCAGGCGUUCAUAUUGUGAUGCCUGGCUAUUACAGCCCUGAUAAUAUGGGACUUCUUGACCCAUCUACUAGUGAUGGACGAGUGAUUUUCUUCUUACCAUGGCAAAAGAUGACUAUUGCUGGCACUACGGAUACUGCAACUGAAGUUACCCAUCACCCAAUACCUACAGAAGAAGAUAUCAACUUCAUUUUGACAGAAGUGCGCAACUAUCUUAGCUGUGAUGUUGAAGUGAGGAGAGGAGAUGUUCUGGCAGCAUGGAGUGGGAUUCGUCCCCUUGUGACUGAUCCCAAUUCUAAAGACACCCAGUCCAUAUCUCGGAAUCACGUGGUACACAUUAGUGACAGCGGCCUUGUGACUAUCGCAGGUGGGAAGUGGACAACUUAUCGCUCAAUGGCCCAGGAUACCAUUGAUGCUGCAGUAAAAGCUCAUAAGCUUCAGGCCGAUCCCUGUAAAACUGUAGGACUGCUCCUGCAGGGCGCAGAGGGCUGGAGCCCUACCCUUUAUAUCCGACUGGUUCAAGAUUAUGGACUUGAAAGUGAGGUGGCUCAACAUCUUGCCAAUACAUUUGGGGACAAGGCUUUUGAAGUGGCAAAACUAGCCCAGGUAACUGGGAAGAGAUGGCCUAUCGUUGGAAAACGUCUUGUCUCAGAGUUUCCAUAUAUUGAGUCAGAGAUUGAGUAUGCCGUCAGCGAAUAUGCUUGCACUGCGGUGGACAUAAUUGCUCGUCGCACCCGUUUGGCUUUUCUGAAUGUCCAAGCUGCUGAUGAAGCCUUACCGAGAAUCAUUGAGAUAAUGGGGAAGAAACUAAGAUGGAGCGAACAGAAGAAGAAGGAAGAGCUUGCAGUGGCAAAAAAGUUCCUGUACUAUGAAAUGGGCUACAAGGCACGGUCGGAGCAACUGACAGAUCGGAGUGAAAUCACUUUAACCCCAGCAGAUAUUGAGAGGUAUAAAAAAAGAUUCCACAUGUUUGAUAAAGAAGGCAAAGGUUUUAUUACAAUAUUGGACGUGCAGCGUGUGCUAGAGAGCAUCAACCUUCAAAUUAAUGAAAGUGCACUCCAUGAGAUUUUGAAUGAAGUGGAUUUGAACAAAAAUGGGCAGGUUGAACUCAACGAGUUUUUGCAGCUCAUGACUGCUAUUCAGAAAGGAUAUGUGUCUGGAAGCCGGCUUGCUGUACUUAUGAAAGCAGCUGAAGAGAACAUUCAUCAGCGGGAAGUAAUUUCAGUGGACCGGAGUUGUGGUGGACUGUGAGUUUGGGGGGUGCAAAAAGGUGUGCCCUGUGGUUGCCUCUCUUAAUGCUGAAAAACAUUCCACUGCUUUCAGAUGUCUCUGCUUCCCCUACUCACUCUGAGCAACUGUGCAGAAGGUCACAUUGUGCAGUUUUUCUUUUUACAUUUCCGUGAAGAGUCUACUUGACUAGUGGCCCAUUGAACUGGCUUUUUCUAGAAUCCAUGGCAGACAAGACCCUGAAAAGGAGAAAUGGUCCAGCUUUUUUUCCCCUGGACUAAUCUGGGGAGAUGUACACUGAGCCAUGGCAGGGGAUCCAUCUGGCAACCAGACAUGAAUGUGGGUUUCUUUUUGCCAUUUACACAAAAGCAAGAACAAUUCCUCUUCUACAUUAAUAGGAUUUUCCCUCUAUUCUCUUUCUGCCUUUUGAUGCAUUAAACAGGCAAAAGUGGACGAUGCCAGCAUGCCUUUAGUGUCUUAAAAAUUGACUUUUUUGUUAAAUCUCCGGAUUCUUUUCUUUCCUCCCCACCCCUUCAGAGAAGUACAUUGUGCUAAAUAUUCAUCACUUGCCUAGAACUUUGGUACAAACAUUUUUUAUAAUGGCCACAGUCUAUUAAAAAGCGCAUGCCAUAAAAAUGAGUGAUUUAUCAUGGAGGAGAGUGCUUGCAUUUAGAAUUUUCGUAGACUGUAUCCCAAAAUAGAAGUGAAUGUCCAGCCAAGGAAUUGCAGUGAUAACAAUUGUAUUUUAAUAAGAGGAUAUGCGGGGCCCAAUUUUUCUAAAAUGUCCUAAAUCCAAAUAGCCAGCAUAAAAUAGAAAUGCACAUAUCAAAUGGUGCUUGCUACUUUACCAUAGAAAGAAAUUUCCAUUCCUUCCCUGGUAUAACCUUGUAUACCAAAAAAAAAAAAAAAGCUGUACCUUGUAUCAUGUAGGUAGUUUUGCGUUGUUCUGAAAUUUCCUUAGGAAUUUUAAGAAAAGGUUUCUGAAAUCUGUGAUAGGUGCCCCAUAGCUCCUCAGAAAAGUAUAGUGAAGAAAUAUUGGGCAGGAUUUCAUUACCUUCUUGCUAGGGUUGCCUGGUUCACUUUUAGGCUAUUUUCUAAAAAAUACUAUUGCAUGUUUUUCUUUUAAUUACUUAAACUGAUUUUAGGUUGUUUUUUAGGGUAAAGACCUUCCAUGACUUACAGAAUAAAACAGUAAACUAACAAAUAGCAAAAUCAGUAAAAUGUUUACUUUCUGCUGUUUGGAAAAUAAAGUUACAAUACAAACCAAAGAGGAACGAAGUCAUGUGACUGUGGAAAUUUGGUCUUUGUACCUCUGUUGGCCAUGUUCAUUUGUUGUUGUCUGUUACAGGUUUUAAAUAAUACUUAAUAUUCCUAUAUAAUUCAUAUAUCAAUAAGAUUUGUAGUACUUAAACCUGCAGAGCCAAAUUCUUUCACUUACUCUUUUCAACAUUUCAGUGCUGUGCCAUUUGUCACUCUUCAGAAACACCUAUAGGAACUGGUUCUUCAUAGUGUCUCAAUAUCAAAAUGAACUUAAAAUUCUGAAUUACUUUGUAUUCAAAAGUGGAAUAUAUUAAGGGCAUCUAUUGCUAGAAGUAGACAUUGCUGUAUAAAAACAGCCCAGCAGUUAGCAUGAUGCACUCACAUUUUGUAUUUAGAACUUUAGGCAGUGUUGAAUAUAAGGAGCAAGGUCUUCAUAAAGGAUAUUAAAAGGUAGCAUUUCUAAAAAGCCUCUAGCAAAAUUCUCUGCAGAUCAUUUCCCAUGUAAGCUUCUGCUAUGAUCAAGAAAUGUCAGCCCUAUGUUUUGUAGGUUAGCAGUGAAGAUGGAAGCCAAGGUAGGAAAAACAGAUUCCCAUCCUCUUUAGGUCUGGAGCACUUCAGAUUUACUUGGAAUACUGGUCUAAAGCUGAGCAUCCACUUGACAGUGGGAGGUCUCUCUUUGAGCAUAAACAGUUGGCUUUUUUGUGGUGGGUCUUUCUCCCCGCUCUCCACCCACCUAUUGCCAACACAUAUUGGAUAAUUUUUACAUAGCACUCAUGAGAGACUCAGAGAUAGCUUUUCUAAGAUGGCAGAAGUGUGGAGAGAUCCAAAAAAGAUGUCAGGAAGCCAGUCUUUACACAUUUACCUAAUAAUUGGUACAACAUUUUUAGAUUACUUUCCUCCCCUUGAGGCAAAAGGUAAUGGCAGCGAUCAAGAGAUACAAGUGUACCUCAUCCAUCUGAAAUACAUUAAGGGUUAAGCAAGCACCCAAAGGGUAGUCAGGCUGAGGAUCAUGGGGCUGAUAUAUGCUGAGGAACAACCCCUUCCCAAGCAUGGUAUCUAGCACUAUCCUUAGGGAAAAGUUUUAAUGAGCGUUUGGGUGUUCACCUUUACAAAUAGAUUCCCUCUGUUUGAUAGCCAGGAGUUGGAGUAAUGUCUGUUUAAUGGCUAUCCUCAACCUAGCAAAGGUCCCUUCACAGCGUCUGUCAUAUUUUGCUAUUGAUGCCAUCACACCAUCAGCAUGAAGCCAUGAUUUCUUUUAUGCUUUGCCUGCAUUUGAUUUGAACUCUUGGAAUGUUUUAGCCAACACACCCCUCUGCUUCAUAUGGGAAGGGAAAGUAUUCCCCUGUAUCAUCUUACAGUUGCUCAUUUUAGUUAAAAGUAGACUCUCAGAACUACUUGAUUUCUUUGUGAUAUGAUUUCUUUGUAUAUUUGGAAGGAAGUAUAUAUGAAUGUGCAGGAAGGAUAAAGCACCUUUUUGUAUAACAGUAAUUUGGUGUAAUACUACUGUACAACUGUUUUGAAAACAAAGAAAUAUAGGAACAGGGAGUUCUCUAGUGGUUGUGUGUGUGUGUGUGUGAGAAUGGGUAAGCACACAUAUAUCUAUGCAUAUAUGCAUAUGUAUACAUAUACAUAUACCGCAUGUUUUUCCAUCUGGCACUUUUAUGUAUUGUGCUGGGUUAUUGUUCAGGAUAGGACUGUUAAAUACUGUGUUUGAGGCUGGGUUGUCAUUUUUAUAACUGUCUUGGUGUUUUAUUGCCAUUAUUUAUUACUUUUGAUAUACAGAAUGAGCUGCAUGCAUUUAUAGAGCAAUAAGAGGAUGUAUUUAAUGUGCCUUGUUUUUAACUGAAUAAGAUCUGAAAGCAUGAAUCAAUAAAACUGAUUAAAAUGGUCCACUCGUUGGCAUUUUGAUGUUAGUGGCAGUUACGGAAAUAAAGUUGAUUAGC